AUGAGCUCCGAGUGGUCCCAGUGGUCCCCAUGGUCGUUCUGUUCCGCUAAUGUGCGCGUCCGUGUCCGUGCCUGCAGCACGGUCCGCGGAUUCAAAUGCAUCGGCCAUAAUAAGGAAUUCGAAUCGUGCGACACAAAUGCACCGACAGAAGCGCCGAAAGCGCCCGAUUACGAGGGCUUCGACGACCCUUACUCGGAGGACCGAAAAAUCGCCAUGUCGCAGCUGGCCAACGACCACGAGAAGCAGCCCAAGAUUAAGGCGCAGUAUCAGAAAGUCAUCAAAACCCGACCCGCAAUUCCCACGCCGAAGAAGAACAUUCUUCUGGAAAACGGGGCCACCCGGGUGCCAUUCGUGGACAUGACGGCUGAUGUGGAGCCGGCACUUGGCGAGCCGCAGCCCACGCUCACCGAGCAAGAGGAGACCGAGUUGCUGCGGCGGAAUCAGGCCACCCACAUCCCGGUCAUGAGCCGCGGCGAUUUGCAAGAGCUGGACGAGAGGAUAGCUUCUUUGGAUGAUCGUGACGACGAAAUCCCGCAACUACGCCACAAUUCCAACGCCGCUGCGGCAUUCGUGCGAACGAAAACCAUCCGUUCCGCUCCAAAGACGGUCUUCAACUUUGUGCCGCCGGUUGGGAACGACGCUGGCGGUGCGAAACAACGCGGCGUCGUUUCGGUGAUGCUGACGCGGCGGGAGCCCGGGAAAACGGAAACCGAGGAUGAAACACCAGUUUUAUCUGACGCCGGUGCCCGCUCCAUCAACCACACGAUGCACAAAAUCGGUGGACUGUUGCAGCAGAUGGAAUAUGACGCUAAGAAAAUGCAGCGCCAGGACUCGUGGGAGAGCCCCGACCUGGAGAAUAUGAGCCCGCACGAGAGGCGCAUUUACAUGGAAACCCGGACGUUGGAGGAGAAGCUGAAGCUGGUCCAGAAACAGAUGCACAAGCCUACCGACGAUGAGGCGCUGCAGAAGGGCGUCGAUAGUGGGCCAUUCGUGGAGGGAGACACGGCUCGCGCCCUCUCGUGGAUGAUCGCGAAUAUGACGCGGGAAUUGAGCGGACACGAGCUGCCGAUUGUCGACAUUAUUCCGUUGGAGGUGGUAAAAGACGAUAAGAAGGAUAAGCCACCGACGGCCGUGCGUAAGCCCGACUCGAAAAAGAUCGUGUCCGAUACCGUAAACGUCGAGUUCGUCUCGCCGCAGCGAAUCGACGCCCAGAUUUUCAACAACCCGCCAAACAGUCGCGUUGAAAAAGCCUUCGGCAGCAGAACAUCACUCUCCGAUGCCCCGCUCGACCUGAAAGAAAUGGAGCACGCCGCCGAGAAACUCGACAGCCUCAUAGGGGACGACACAAAACACGUCAACCGCUGGGCCCCGCCCACCGAAUCGAACGAUGAGCAGCAGGGUGUUAUAAUCAAAUGGAAGUGGAGCCGAUGGUCCGAUUGGUCGCGGUGCGAUUGCGGAAUGCAGAAGCGGAAACGCGUUUGUAUCCCGAAGCGAAGCCGGCGGCCGUCGGAUAUCUUUGAGGCAAAUGGCGAAAUGCGGAGUGAUGCGCACCGCCCAUCGUCCUGUGAUGACGAAAUAAAACAGCACCAGGAGCGCCUUUGCCAAGACUUAACUUGUCAA